UCAUGAACAUAGCCUUUAAAUCCUACUGUUCACGUCAUCUAAGACAAACCUUCAAACAAUUUUCAAGACAUUGUUCUACAUUUUCUUCAGAUCAAAAUCUCAUUUCUCAGUUACAAUCAUGCAAAAAAAUCUCAGAAACCACUCAAUUUCAUGCCUUAAUGAUCAAAACUGGCCAAGACCAAAUUCCUUUCACUCUAAGCAAACUCCUCGCAUGUUCAAUCCAGUUUACAGAUUAUACAUCUUCUAUUUUCAAGUAUGUAAAAAGCCCAAAUCUUUAUAUGUUUAAUACCAUGCUUCGUAGCUAUUCAAUUAGUGAUGAUCCACAAAAGGGUCUUGUGUUUUUCAACUAUAUGAGAGAACAAAAUGUUGUUCUUGAUCAAUUUGCUUUUGUUUCUGUGCUUCGAUCUUGUAUACGUUUAUUGGAGAAAUGGACUGGUCUAGCUGUUCAUUCAGUUGUUUUGAGAUCUGGGUUUGAUUUGUUUCUUGAUUUGAAGAAUACCCUUUUGAAUUUUUAUUGUGUUUGUGGGGGAAUCCGUUGUGCACACCAGCUGUUCGAUGAAUUUUCAAAGAAGGAUUUGGUUUCCUGGAACACUUUGAUGGGUGGUUAUCUUUGUGUAAGUAAUUAUUCUGCUGUUUUGGAUAUGUUUGUAGAGUUGCGUAGGGAUGGUAUUUCUGCUAGUGUCACGACGAUGUUGAGUGUUUUGUCUGCGAUUGGUGAGUUAAGGAUUACUUUGGUAGGGGAAUCCCUGCAUGGUUAUUGCAUAAAGAUUGGAUUUUGCGAUAGUUUGAAGGUGAUAACUGCCUUGAUAUCUAUGUAUGGGAAGAUAGGCUGCGUUAGUUCAGGCCGUAGUCUAUUUGAUGAAGCUUAUCCGAAAGAUGUUGUCUUGUGGAACUGUUUGAUAGAUGGAUAUGCUAAAAAGGGGUUGCUAGAAGAGGCAUUGUUUCUAUUGAGGGAAAUGAAGGUUCAAAGAUUGAAGCCGAAUUCGUCAACCUUGGCAAGUUUGCUUUCCUCUUGUGCUUUCUCCGGAGCUCUUAAUAUGGGUGAAUAUAUUCAGAACUUUGUGGAAGACCAGCAGUUAGUUUUGGAUCCAGUUCAUGGAACGGCAUUGAUCGAUAUGUAUGCCAAGUGUGGGUUGCUUGUGAAGGCAGUUAAUGUUUUUGACAGUAUGGAGACUAAAGACGUGAAGUGUUGGACUGCAAUGAUAAUGGGUUAUGGGGUACAUGGGGAGGCAAAGGAUGCUAUUGCACUCUUCCACAGAAUGGAGGAUGAAGGUUUUAGGCCUAAUGAAGUGACUUUUUUGGCAGUAUUUAGUGCUUGUAGUCAUGGGGGACUGGUGGCAGAGGGCAUCAGCUGUUUUAGGAAAAUGAUCCUAGAAUAUGGCUUGACUCCUAAAAUUGAGCAUUAUGGAUGUUUGACUGAUAUCUUAGGUCGUGCUGGAUUGCUUGAAACAGCACGAGAACUAAUAAAAGGUUUGCCCAUUGAGGGGGAUGCUACUGCAUGGCGUUCCCUACUAGCAGCAUGCAGAGUCCAUGGUAGUGUUGAGUUGGGAAAACAAGUGACGAAAGAACUAGAACAGAGAUUUGGCGAACACCCUGCUGAUGCACUACUUCUGAAUGGUACUUAUGCAAUCGCUGGGAUAUUGCCCGAGGAGAGAGACAUGUUAGAGGUGAAGGCAAAAGAGGUGGGAUCUUCUCUCAGUGGGAAUAAGGAAGCUGGAUGCAGCUCAAUUGAAUUAUGUGAUCAUAGCCAGAUUUUUCUUAGCCAAUGUGAAGUACGCUAGUUCCUAGAGGACACUGCCUUCAGCUGCCACAACAAAAUUUUGAUCUUCAGUAUAAGAAAUGUUUUUCUUUCUUUCAGACAAAGAGUGUGCACUGGCAAGCCGACU